CAAAGCGAAAACAACGCCGAGAGCCAAGAGUCGGACCAGGAAAUGCAGAGCGGCGACAAGUCUGCCGACAGUGAAGGAAGAGCUGAAGACAAAGAGUCCAGCCAGGAAGAGCUGCGCGACGACUCGGACAGCCAGCAAGAAGAACUCGCGGACCUCAGCAACUGGGCGGGCUUCAGGCAGCACCGUCUCAACACACAGCGCCGCCGCGUCGAGCAACAAGGCGAAGGUGCGCGCACGCCGCCCUCUGGCCAUGAGUCCUCUUCCGACAAUGCAAGCUCGAGCGAGAGCCCUGCUCACCAGAACCAGGAGCAUACGAUUGGUAACUCUGACGACCCGAUCGAUAUCUCGUCUCGCGAGCCCACUGAGAGCCCGCUCGUGUCGUCGGACUCAGAGGACGAGUCACACCCGAGCACGACACAGCAGGGCCAGCAGGUCAUUGUCAACACUGGCGCCCAAGAGCAAGACAACAACAACACUGGCGCUCAAGACGACGCGACCACGACCUCUUCUGGCGCCCCUGGUGAGCCCACUGAGAACCCGACCAUUUUCCACAGGAAGAGAGAAGAUAACUCCGAGCCCAGGACGAAGAGAACUAAAACAAAUACAUUCCCCUCGUCCAAGAGAGUUCAAAUUCCAGGGCCAGGACGCACGAUGCCACCAGGA